GCCAGGGGGCUGAACUGGAGUAACAUAACACGGGUCAAAUGAGGAGUCGCGGUGCCCCGUGAAUACAGGCUACAUCAGACUCAAGACAUGUCUUCCCAAGACUACGACUGCAUAGUGAUAGGAGCCGGGGUUCAGGGCUCUUUCACUGCCUAUAACCUUGCGAAAAAUAACAAGAAAACACUUCUACUCGAACAGUUUGUCCUGCCACACUCUCGUGGCAGCUCUCAUGGCCAGACACGCAUCAUCCGCAAGGCCUAUGAUGAGGACUACUACACCCACAUGAUGGAGGAGUGCUAUCAGCUCUGGUCUCAGCUGGAGAAAGAGGCCAACGUCAAGCUGUACAGACGUACAGGUCUGCUAGUGAUGGGUCCAGAGCAGGGGGACUACCAGGUGUUCAAGUCCACCCUGGAGAGGAACAAGGUUCCCAUAGUGAUCCUGCCGAGGGAGGAGUUCAGCCAACACAUCCCCCAUGUUAACCUUUCCCAGGGAAACGCAGCCCUGGUGGACACCACUGCCGGAGUGCUGUACGCUGACCGCACACUCAAAACUGUACAGGGACAGUUCCAGAAACUGGGGGGCGUGAUCAAGGACGGACAGAAGGUGAUUGACAUCACACCGGGCUCUGUGGUAACCGUGACGACAGUCAGUGGGGUGUACAGAGCUAAACGCUUGGUGAUCACAGCUGGACCCUGGGCCAACACCCUGCUGUCCCACACAGGCCUUCAGCUACCACUGCAGGUGAUAAAGAUUAACGUGUGCUACUGGAGUGAGAAGAUCCCUGGCUCCUACAAUGUCCAGCACCGCUUCCCCUGCUUCAUCCAGCUGGAAUCAGAGGAGGCAAAGCAUCACAUCUACGGCCUCCCAUCCAAUGAAUACCCAGGCCUGAUGAAGAUUUGCUACCACACGGGCCCUGAGACGGACCCUGAUGAGAGGGACAGACAGACGGACAGGGGGGACAUAGACAUCUUACAGCGUUACAUCACCCGCUGCUUCCCUGGCCUGGUGCCCAUCCCUGCUGUGGUGGAGAGCUGCAUGUACACAGUCACGCCAGACGACCAUUUUGUCCUGGACCACCAUCCCACUCAUAGUAACAUCGUCAUCGGAGCAGGCUUUUCAGGUCACGGAUUCAAGUUUGGCCCAAUCGUUGGCAAGUUGCUGUGUGAACUGAGCCAGGGAGAAGUGCCCUCCUAUGACCUCUCCCCCUUCAGAAUCAGACGCUUCCAAGCCCACUCCAAGUCAGCACUGUAGGAUCGGGGCCGCUGGCUUUAACAACCAUUUCAACCACUGGUUUUCAUACCAGUGUGUCUGAAGCCUAAACAAACAAUGGCCGUUCGUAAAUAAAUACUUACUUUUCCAGCUAAUUGAGAAAAGUGAUGUCGGGAGGAGAGCCUUGAAAUGAGAAGAGGAAACAAAUCAAUGAUUCACUAAAGCUGAUUCCUCAGCUGCUGUGUUUGUGCACAUAAUGCACAUAAUAAAUGAGCAAACAAAAAAUAGUUUAAAAUAACUAAACAAAUAUAUCUAACCAUAUCAUGAAAGCAAAGUCUAAGAGGAAGGCCAUAAUGGAACGGCCAGCUGAUAGAGAAUCUAAAGGUCAACUAUAACAUUGUUGUACAACUGUAAACGCGUUCAUCUGUGACAAAUGGUAUUAAACUUGGAAAAAAAUGGUCCCCUUAUUGGCCCAUAUGAUUUUAUGCAUCACUACCUCUCCCCUUCUCACUCCCCCGAGUGAGGCCUUUUUCAAGUGAAGCACAUAGUUAAAAAGACAUCAGCCGUGGAGCCAUUUGUCUUUGCGCAGCCAGCUGUGUGUGCAGUGUGUGUGCAGUGUGCAGCCUUUAGUGGCGUGUGCCUCUGCCUGUACCGUUUUCCCCAUGUAAACAUUUGAAUCCCUAAUCAGCCAGCCUGUUACAAUGGUUGCCAACCACAGCCAUCAGCGGGAAUGAGAAAAUGACACCGCGAGACGCAGAGAGAUCAGCGCACCACUCAGUCCCUCAGCUCUUAAGUGACUUUGAAUUGAUAGAGAAUUAGGAGAACAUUAAACAUGAAAACUCAAAUAUUCACCCAGCAAUAUUCAGGAGGAAAGGACACACUGGAAAAUCUACUUUUGAACAUGAAUGCAUACCCUUUUAAUAAGCAGAGUAACUUUUGAAAGUAGUGCCCUUUUUCUUCCUCUCAAUGGCCAGUUAGCCAGCUUUAUGGUUCUGGGUCCAUGUGCCCUUUUUAUACAAUUUACUUUGCCACAAAUACAAGUUCAUGUAAUUUGGUUGAACUAUCCCUUUAAGCACUUGAUAGUGAAAGGAUAAUGCUGGUCUGUCAGAUGGGGCAAUUAGACUUUACCCUCAGUUAAUCAGACAUGGGCCGUAUUAUAGUAGAGGCAUAAAACCUGAGCUGACAGGGAAGGAGGGCUGGUGGUGGGAUGAACGUAACCUGAAGGGAGACAUGCCACCACGAGGAACCAUAAACUCACCCUUGUUGCUGCCGAUGUGACAUGGAGAAACAGGAAGAAAUGUAGAUCAGAGAAUGAUAGGAAACGGACAAUGAUAGCAACGUUUUCCACAUCACCACACAACUAGAAGGCGGUAACACAGACAGAUACGCAAGACCUGUUUUCAUUUUUUCUCCUCUCAGCAGGGUUAUUUGUCCUGUCUGCUAGGUAGGUUCAGAGGGCAAGAGUGGGGCUCUUAUCAGAUAGAACACCUGCCAUGAAUUUGAAAAUAUGUGCUUAAGGGGCUUAAGGUUCUCUGAUUUGCAUAUUCAAAUAUAUUUCUACCACUGCUUCGACACUAAUAGAACAGUGGCUCUUCUUUUUCUCUAAUCAGAGCUUUUUGUCAGCUUCCAUGGAAGAUUAAACAACUAACAUAACA